AAACCCUAAAUCUACGAUCACCGUUGGCGAACACCAUUUAGGGGGUUCGUGCCUUCUUCCACCGAGCCUGGACUUAGCAGCCGCCGCCGCCAUACGCCUCUCAAUCUCUUGCCAUGGCCUCGGAGAAGAAGCUGUCGAACCCAAUGAGGGAGAUCAAGGUUCAGAAGCUCGUCCUCAACAUUUCCGUCGGUGAGAGCGGUGACCGCCUCACUAGGGCCGCCAAGGUGUUAGAGCAAUUGAGCGGGCAAACACCGGUGUUCUCGAAGGCACGAUACACUGUUAGGUCAUUUGGGAUCAGGCGCAACGAAAAGAUUGCGUGCUAUGUCACCGUCAGGGGUGACAAGGCGAUGCAGCUCCUGGAGAGUGGACUGAAAGUGAAGGAAUAUGAGCUUCUGAGAAGAAACUUCAGUGACACUGGUUGUUUUGGUUUCGGCAUACAAGAACACAUUGAUCUUGGAAUCAAGUACGACCCGUCCACAGGUAUCUAUGGCAUGGAUUUCUUUGUGGUCUUGGAACGUGCUGGUUAUCGUGUGGCCCGUCGCCGCCGAUGCAAGUCGCGUGUUGGAAUCCAGCAUAGGGUUACCAAGGAUGAUGCCAUGAAGUGGUUCCAGGUCAAAUACGAAGGCGUUAUUCUUAACAAGUCCCAAACAACCACUGGUUAAGAUUCCUAAUUAUCUUAGAAUCAAUUCUUCCAACUUGCUUUGCCUGUUCCUUCCAGCGAGAGUUCCGUUGAUCCAUGGACCUUAUUUGCUUUUCCAAAUUUUCUACCUGUUUCUGAGCAUUCUCAUCCACAAGGAACUAGUAAAACUACAUUUUGGUUCUAUAAGUUGCAUUAGUUCCUAGUAAUCUUAGAUGGCAAAUACAACUUGUGUUUCGUA